CCCCGAAGGGGACUCCAGCUCAGCUACUGGUUCCUCACUCAGCUGACGCUCCGAGCAGACCCACUCUCGUCACCAUGGUGCACUGGACAGCCGAAGAGAAGCACUACAUUACCAGCACAUGGGACAAGGUCAAUGUAGAGGAGAUUGGUAGCGAAGCCCUGGCCAGGCUGCUGAUCGUCUACCCCUGGACCCAGAGGUUUUUCUCUUCCUUCGGGAACCUCUCCAGCCCCAACGCCAUCCUCCACAACAGCAAGGUCCAUGAACAUGGCAAGAAGGUGCUGACCUCCUUUGGGUCCGCCGUGAAGAACCUGGACCAUAUCAAGGAAACCUUCUCCGAUCUGAGCACGCUGCACUGCGAGAAGCUGCAUGUGGAUCCUGAGAACUUCAAGCUCCUGGGCAAUAUCCUCAUCAUUGUCCUGGCCGCCCACUUCGGGAAGGAGUGCACUCCCGCCUGGCAGUCCGCCUGGCACAAGCUGGUCAGUGCGGUGGCCCAUGGUCUGAGCCUCGGGUACCACUGAAUCAUCUGGAGGGACCCACCAGCAGGAGGUCUCCAGCUACCUCCCAGGCUCCCCUGCACCCAUGGGAAUCCCCUUCUGCGAGUGACAGGCUGUAACAACCAAAUAAAAACCUUCUGCUGAA